ACAUUAAUAAUCGCAGAUAAAACAAAACAAAGAAAAAUAAAAAAAUUUUUUAAACAAAAAAUGUCCGACGAAUAUGCGUGUGCGGCCAAGGGCAAGCUUAAGCUUAAGAACGACACAGACCUUAAGAAGAAAAAGAAGAAGAAUAAGGGAAAGGACAAGGACAAGGAACGCGAGGCACUGCAAAAGUCAUAUGUGGAGCAGCAGAUCGCUGAGACGAGUACAUCUUCAUCAGCAACAGCAGUCGGCAGUGGGUACGAGCGUAAGCUAACCAAGGCGGAGCUAGCCAGCAAGAAGCAGCAGGAGAAGAUGCGCAACAAACGGAUCAUGGACAAGGCCCAGACCACACACAAGGAGCGGGUGGAGAAGUUCAACGAGCACCUGGACUCCCUGACCGAACACUUUGACAUACCAAAGGUUUCCUGGACGAAAUAAACGCCGAGACACUCCCAAUGCUGUUAUUGUAACUUAAAUAUUAGGUUUUAUUAUAAGGUUUACCAAUAGAAGCGUUAAGUAAUUUCGACUACAAUGUGGGGGGUUCAUAUAAGAGUGGCCGAAAUCGAAAAAUCAGGAUGGCACUACUAACCUAAAUACACAUUUUCAUAUGUAGUUUUGAUAA